AUGGGAACCCGGUGUUGGUCCUCGCUCAUGCCCGAACUCAUCGACCGCAUCGGUAGCUGCCUACUGGACACCGCCGACCUUGAUUGUUACAUGGCCCUUCGUGCCGUCUGCCACAACUGGCGUGGCACCACCGUAGACCCCAAGAAUACUCUACACAUCCGCUUCCGUCCACACCGUUGGAUUAUGCUCGACUAUUCAUCCCACGGUGAGGACGCCUGCCUUCUAGUGAACACCGUCUCCGGUCGGUACCAUGGCAGGGAUAUGCCGCUACUCCGCAAGUACUACAUCAUCUCCAUCACCAUCGACGGGCUCCUGGUCCUGAUGGCCAAGAUCCCGCCCCACGCCGUGUGUGUCCUCAACCCGUUCACGGGUCACAUGGUCCACUUUGUGGCGCGCAUGCGCCCCAACGUGCUCGCGGCAGCUGUCUCCAACUCAUCCCCACCCCGCCUUGUCCUCUACUGCCACGACACCAUGAAGCUAUACAUGGCCAGCCCUGACACUGCAAGCUUCAUCAGGUACAUAACUAAUUAUGCUUGCCCUUUCGUCAGGAAGGUUGUCCAAGGUUGUGUCGCUGUUGACGGCCACCAAGGACUGUUGCCACCACUUCCUGCGACGGUUGUCGCCAAGAUCGCUGAUCUAUUGACUCCGCUCAUCAUCGGGUUUCCCCCUGACAUUCAGUUGGAUUCUCAGAAAAGUUGUUUCCUCGUGGAAUCUGCUGGAGAAAUUCUGGUCAUCUUCAAGCUCGCGAAUCGUGUGGAGGUCUUCAAGAUGGAUGGCAUGGGUGGAAAUAUGCUAGUGCGCGUGAAGAACAUCGGCAGUCGUUCCAUAUUCAUCGGUCGCUCUCAAAGGUGCCUCUCCCUCGAUGCCGAUAAGUUCCCGUCCAUUGAAGCCAAUUGCAUCUACUUCACCGAGUGCCUAAGUUCACCAUCAACAGACAUAUACCACCUCAAGGACGGAGAACAAGUUAAGAACGCCAUGAGUGUUGCCGGUGGAGCCGGUCCUUCAGUGAACCUAAACAUGCCCGCCUUUUUGUGGCAUUCUAUGACCGAGCAUCCCUGCACCAUCUUUCAACUUCUCUCCCUCUACACUUUCAACUGGCAAUCUGGUCAAGCGUCACAUGUGUUAGAGUAUCAAGAUAGUAUUCUUUAG